AUGCUGUGUAGCUCUUACCGUCGCAACUUGCGAAGCUGACAUCUCCCGAGCGAAAGUAGAAGCAAGAAGGAGCCUGGCCGAGGGCUUGUUUCAGACAAAACUUGCGCCUCUGCCUUCCAUGAUGCCGUCCGCCAAAGAACGAAAACGGUCCGUGGUCAAGCACGCGACAGCAACGCCGUUCAAACUGCACACUUCAGCAAGGGGCGCUAGCACAUCAGGGCAGAAGCGGAAACGCUCGGGUGACGAGAGUGGAGGCCCAAAUAAUGCAGGCAGUGCUGCUGCAAGAGAAAACAAGAAUAUCAGAAGCGGUUCGGACAAAGGCAGGCCCAAGGGAACGGGCUUCAAAGUUGGCCCUGCCAACGCACCAGAUGGCUCGUAUCUUGGGAAGGCCAAGCGCAUCAAGACCGACUUGAUCGAAAAGGCCAAGAUUAAACAAGCGUAUUAUAAGCAUCUAGAGCGCACUGGUGCACCAACACGAGGGCCUUGUACGGAGACGAGCUCAAAAACAAGAUUAUCGAAGAAAAAGAGAAAUUCUUUCUUUGCCUCCCAAUAUGAAAACGAUGUCGGCACCAGUGGCGAUGACGACGACCGCGAGGCGAGCGACAGCAACAAUACAGAGGGGCCGCCACGGUCACGGCAAGUGAGCCAUGGAGCGACGGAAGUCGGCGGGUACGAAGGUUCUUCAGUGAAAAUGGACCAAGGGCGCUUCGCCCUGGAAGAAGCAGACGAGCUUUUGUCCAAAGCGGAGCAGCUCACACGUCGAAGCACACGAGCAUGCGCCGGUCCUCCAGGAGACACUGUUGAUGACAACGAUAUUGAAAACUCUGCGUAUAGGGCACGUCCGGACCGCCGGCACCGUCAGCAGCUGCAGAAUAGAAAGGCAAAAGCUGCGCGAGCAGCUCCCUUUGAAGACACACGAACAUCAUUAUCAGCGCAAGUGCAUGGAACAUCACGGCGGCCUCACUUGACAGCAGAAGAACAGGAAGCAGCACGAGGGGAGGCAAGGCAGAGGCGAGAGAAGCAUCACGCGCUGUGGACCAAACCUUCCCGUUCUCGGACUGGCCGAGAGCGCGGGCAACCCAACUUGGGAGCCAGGAUGAAGGUCAUGCUCAAUCGCAUCAAAAGUGAUCAUCUGGCGGCUGCAUGAGUGUGCAUGUAUCCACUAUGUAGCACCAAGACGCUUGAUGGUGACCACGGCAAUGAGACCAUGUCAGUUCAUCUCCGCACUAUGACCAUGGCCAUGACCAAGGGAGAGAGAGUGUGCGAUGUGAUUCGUGUAACAUUUGCAGACUGAGAGGAGCAGCAAUAUACGUUUUAUUCCAG